AACAGUCAUCCGACAUCCAAGCAAGUUACAAGAACCUCAAAUUCCACAACCAAUUCUUCUUCAAAAUGUUCCGCAUUUGUGCUCUGAUCUUCGCCCUGGUGGUCGUUGCCUCGGCCGCUCCUUCUCCCGGAUAUCUGGAGUACCCCUCCGCGCACUCCCACUACGGAGUGGCUGUGGCCCCGGUGGUCAAAGUGGUGCCCGUCGUGAAGCAGGUGCCUGUCGUGAGCCACGUCCCAGUCGUGAAGCAUGUCCCGGUCGUGAAGCACGUGUCCGUGGUGCAGCACGUUCCCGUGCUGAAGUCCUACUCCCCAGUGGUCCACCAGGCAGUCUAUGCUCCAACGUAUGCUCACUCCUACGGAGUGCCCUCCUCCUACGGCCAUCAGAUCUACCACCGCUAAUGAAAGUACCCCUAAUAUCGAUGGGAACUGAAUAAACGAUCUACAAUUAACAUGAAA